AUGGCCGCGGCCAGCGGCGCCUGCGCGGGGCGGGGCUCCGGGGCUGCGCGGGGCGGGGCUCCGGGGCUGCGCGGGCGGGGCUCCGGGGCAGGGCGGGCGGGCCCGGCCCCGGCGGCGCCACCGCGCGGCAGCGGCCGCUUCCCCGGUACCCCGGGAACCCCGGGAUCCCCGGGAGGGGCAGGGCAGGCCCCGCCCGCCCCAGGGCCCCUGUCCGGAGGAGGGAGUCCCGGGGAGGGGACCGGGGCCGACCCCCUCCGGAGGAGAGGGUCCAGGGGCCCCCUCCUAACGAGGGGGCCCAUCCUGAACGCCCCAACCCCAGGACCCCCUCCUAACGAGGGGGCCCGUGCGGGACCCCCCACCCUCGCUAACCCCCCCGGCCCGGGACCCCUCCUGAGGAGGGCCCGCCCUGACCCCGGUGUGAUGCAGGGACGGCCCAAGGCGGGCGCUCCGCCCUGGGGUCCCGCGCACCUGUGCCGACCUCGCCCCGCGCGCCGCGGCCCCGCCCUGCUCACACCUGUGGCGACGACGCACGCGCUCUGCUGUCUCGGUCUGCGCACGCGCUCUGUGGCCCCGCCCCCUCACACCUGUGCCGGGCCCGCCCCUCGUGGCCCCGCCCACCUGUGGCCCCGCCCCCGCAGCGCUGUCUCGCAGCCACGCGGGGGCGCCGCGCUCGCUCCGCGCUCCGUGUCCGCCAGAGGGCGCCCUGCCCGAUCCCGGCCCCGCACGGCGGCUCCGGGCCCGCACCCGGCAGCGCCCGCCCGCGGCCGUCCCGGGCCCGAUACCGGUCCCGGGCCCGGUACCGCUUCGAUCCUCCCGACGGGGGAGAGGCGGCACCGCCCGGAAUACCUCAGCGGCGCUCUGCCCCCCACCCCGGCCCCGGUGGCACCGCCGCAGCGCCCCGUGCCCGCGCUCCGUGGCCCCGCCCCUCGCACCUGUGCCGGCCCCGCCCCCGGUCCCCGCCGCUCUCGGCCCCGUCCCCCCCGUCCCGCUGACCCGGUGCCAUCGCUCGGGAGCCUCGCUCCGCGCUGUGCGAGCCCCGCCCGACGGCUGCUCCCGCUGGGGAGCGCUCGGAGCCCGGAGCGCUGCGGCGGGGCCGUGACCGUGGCCGGAGGUGCAGGGGCCGAGCGCCGCCUGGGUCUGCGGGGGGAUCCCGGGCGGUGCCGCCUCUCCCUCGUCGGGAGGAUCGAGGAGCCAUCGGGCUCGGGGGCCGUAUCGGGCCCGGGAUGGCCGCAGGGAGAGGAGCCGCUCCGGGCCGGGCGUGGGAGCCGAGUCUGA